AUGCCAGUUAUGGGCGAAAUAAAAAGCGAGUCACAUAUUCAUAUUUUUAUAUUUUGUAGGUCCAAAGUUACCUUCAAGAUUACUUUGACAUCAGAUCCCAAACUGCCUUUCAAAGUUCUGAGCGUCCCCGAGGCGACGCCAUUUACGGCAGUGUUAAAAUUCGCGGCGGAGGAGUUUCGCGUGGACCCCGCUACUAGCGCCAUCAUCACAGAUGAUGGUAUAGGAAUAAACCCACAACAAACAGCCGGGAAUGUGUUUCUAAAGCACGGAUCUGAGUUGAGAUUGAUCCCGAGGGACAGAGUUGGAUGUUACACUACAUAG